ACCAACCGCCCUUCCUUUAAUUUUCUUCCAAACGCUUCCUCUCUCUCUCUCUAAAAAUCAAUUGAAUCUUUUGACAAAUUGGGAAUUGAAGCGGCGGGCGGCCUCAUGUUGUUGACUUCUAGAGCGGUGGUUUUGGCGACGACGGCCAUGGCGGUUUCCGGCACGGUGGUCCUCCUCGCUUGCCGGCUGCAGAUCAGGUUUAUGCCGCCGCUAUCGGAGAUCAGACAAACUCCCGGCGGCGCCGGGAAGACGCCGCCGUCUACCCAUUUUCCUCGCUCCUGCAUCUCUUCAUCAGAUAAAAAAAAGGAAAGAAGCCAAAAGAAGAGGGUGCACUUUGCAAAAGAUGUCGUGGAGCCAAGUGAAAAUAACCAAGAAUAUAGGAGGCUGCAUUGCAAUAACUUCCAAAAGUCAACAUUUGCUUCUCAUAUUUCGUGGUCAAACUCAGCAUUGAAGAAGAGUGGAAAAUCACAACAAAUCCCACCCAAUAGAAUGGCUAUUUACGCAUCUGCCCUCAAGGAAAGAGGCCUAAACCAAUUAACACAUUUCUAUUGAAAUUGUGAAAUGACUAUUUCACCCCCUCAUUUGUGCAAAGUCCCCUCAAUAAGGUUAAUAUUUUCUUCUUUUUUUUCCUCCGCCCAUCAGUAAUUCUUUUUCUUCUUGAUCUAUUUAUGUGGUUGAAAGUUGUAACCCUGAAAUGACCACAAACUUAAAUGGAGAAAAUUACUCCUAGGUACCCUUGAUUUUCGAGUAAUAAUUCUUAUGUGUCAUA